AUGCAGACCCCUACUUGCACGGGAGUGCGCAUCAGGUCCACCCGAGAUGCCAACGUCUUAUUCCACGCUGUGGCUCUGAACAUCCUGCCCAUGGUUGUUCGCCGCCUAGAUAGCGAUGCUCGCAUGGCGCUCUGCUCUGGGUGUGUAUACGUAUGGGAAGAACGGUGCCAUGGGCUACCCGAGGGAUCUGAACCAGGCAUUGAAAGAUUUACGGACGGAAGGAGUUGGGGGCCUUCCCGAGCUCGUGAUGACUUUCUGUUUUACUACGAAAAAUGUCCCUCAAAAACAUUAACCGCUGGGAGCAGUAAGGCAGCGAAGCGACAGACCAUGAUCAAACAGACUUACUCUGUCUAUGUGAACACCCCCGCUGGACUAAGGAAAUGGCACCUUAAUGCAUACUAUACACAGGAAACAGUAGACCAGUUGAUAACUGUCGACGACAUUCCAUCGCUCAGGAACCUCGUAGUGCCCGACUCGUACUACAUCUGUGCCCGAGCAAGCCGGUCUCGC